UUCCGUCCUUCGCGCGUCCCAAAGCCUCACCCGCCGUUCACCUGCUUCUCCGACUCAAACGGGCGGCAGCUUCACUACAAUAUCGCCAAGUGACCAAUCAGAGCUCGAAAGAAAAGAAUCCUCAGACUAAGCGGCCGCUUCUUUCGUAGUUGUCUGCGCUGACUGUGGCUAAACGCGCCGGCCGUUGGUGUUUCGCGGCGGCUAUUUAACUGCGCAUGCGCGUCUCAUCGUGGGGUGGGAAAGUGUUUGACCUGCUUAUUACGAGUACCCUUGUUUCCUAUACAUGUUGAAAUUUUAUCCAGAAUGCUUUUUUUAGUAAUAGUACUACUCUUUAAUGGAAUAAUUUCUUACUCCAAUGGUAAAUCUGUUAGCAAGUCAGUGCCAAGAUUACUUCUGGUGUCUUUUGAUGGCUUCAGGGCUGAUUAUUUGAAGAAAUACGAACUUCCACAUCUCCAGGAUUUUAUUAAGGCUGGUGUAUUAGUAGAACAUAUUACCAAUGCUUUCAUCACAAAAACUUUUCCAAAUCACUACAGUAUAGUCACAGGCCUGUAUGAAGAAAGCCAUGGUAUUGUAGCAAAUGAAAUGUUUGACAUUGAUAAAAAGAAGCAUUUUUCACAGUUUAAUGAUACCGAUUCUUUCUGGUGGGAUGAAGCAAUUCCUAUUUGGGUGAGCAAUGAAUGGCAGGAGAACAAAACAAGUGCUUCUGCAAUGUGGCCUGGCACAGAUGUAAAAAUUCAUAAUACUCUUCCUCACUUUUUUAUGAAAUACAAUUCUUCAGUAAGCUUCAGUGAACGUGUAGAAAAGAUUAUUGAAUGGCUGAAUAGUUCUAAUCCAUUAGUUACUUUUGCUACUCUUUAUUGGGAAGAACCAGAUGCAAGUGGACACAAGUAUGGACCAGAAGAUACUAAGAAUAUGGCUAAAGUAUUACAAGAAGUAGAUAAGCAUAUUGGCCUACUUGUUGAGAAGCUCAAAGUUUCAAAGUUGUGGGAAGAAAUUAAUGUUAUCAUUACAAGUGAUCAUGGCAUGGCACAGUGCUCUCAGGAGAGAUUAAUCAAACUGGAUGAUUGCAUUGAUCGUAGCAGCUAUAUGCUAAUAGACAGAAGCCCGGUUGCUGCCAUAUUGCCAAAUAAUGUGACACAUGUAUAUAACUUAAUGAAAAACUGCAGCCCUUAUAUGAAGGUUUAUCUUAAAGAAGAAAUUCCAGAGCGAUAUCAUUACCAUCACAAUAAGCGCAUUCAGCCAAUAAUUUUGGUUGCAGAUGAAGGCUGGACAAUUGUACAGAAUGGGUCUCUUCCCAGAUUAGGAGACCACGGCUAUGAUGAUAUUCUUCCAAGUAUGCAGCCAUUUUUGGCAGCUCACGGAUCUGCUUUCCGUAAAAAUUACAGACUAAAUUCAAUCCGUACUAUUGAUAUUUAUCCAAUGAUGUGUCAUAUUUUAGGGUUGAAAUCCCAACCUAAUAAUGGCACUUUGAGCAAUUCCAAGUGUUUAUUAGUUGAUCAGUGGUGCAUAAAUGUUCCUGAAGCGAUUGGAAUAGUUAUUGGUGUCUUUAUGAUAUUAACUACUCUGAUGUGCCUUAUAAUAAUCACAAAGAAAAGAACUCCUUCUCUACGUCCAUUUUCAAGACUCCAGCUUCAGGAAGAAGAUGAUGAUCCUUUAAUAGGAUAAGACCCCUGUUCUGACUUUUGUUUUGAAAAGACAGUACAGAAAUAUAAGUUAUGUUGGCUAAUAACAUGAUGCACUUUAAUAAAGAUCCACCAAAACUACAGAAGAAGAUCAUUGUCUCUCUGAAAAAAAAAUCUUGAAUAGAAUUUAUUUUCUAAUAGAAAAUAAUAGAAAAUUAAUAGUAGUAAAAAUUUAUUUCCAAGUGAUAAGAAAAAGAUUAUUUGUGAGUGAAUCUGCUUGCAUAUAUUUGAUGAACAAUUGCUUAGAGAUAUUGUGGCAUUUCCUGAAAUUAGACAGGAGCCUCUUCAGCAACGAUCACAACUUUAAAAAGCAGGGUAAACUAGGCAACCAAGGCCUUGCCCAUUUUGAUGUGCACAGUUCUUUGAUUGCCCAGUCAUCCCCGCCCUUUUGAAGCCAGUGAAUUGUCAUUUCAGAUGUCCCUGAAACUGGUUGGAAAAAAUAUAAACCGUCAUGAAAUUCUUUAUAAAGCAGAUUAUAAUUGUGAAAAUAAUCCAGAUUUAUUUUCCAUUUUGGGAGUAGUUGCUAUAAUAGUUUAAUUUAGAAGCUGUUAAUAUCUAGGAGUCAUAACUCUAGAGCACUGUGCACUCUAUGUCAGUCUCUGCAAACUGGAUGUUUCCUUUAUUUCAAGCUGUUGGAAAACCGUUCAUGCAGGUAUAUCUUCAAGCUACACUAAGCAAAAAGAAAUAGCAUGUCAUACUACUACUAUAAAUGUCCCAAAGCAGAUAGAUUAUAUCUUAAAUCAUUUUUCAUAAGCUGAUUCUAAACAUAGUUUAAUAUGUUUUUCUCUAUUUAGACAGGUAUGGUGUUUUCAAUCUAUUUUGGUACCGUAGGUAUUGAGGUGUUUCAUGUGUUUGAAUUAACAAUAAGAUUGUAUUAUACAUACAAAUAUUUUUAAUGACUGCAAAAGAAAUGUUUUAUAAGAAGGGUUUUGGAAAGCAAAAGGGACAGUUAAAAAUGACUUUCUGCUGCUUGCAGAUCGUAUAUGAUUCUGUACUGUAUAUUCAGUUAAUUGACAUGUUCAGCAAUGAUGAUUAUUUGGUUUUUUAAAUUCCUAAUAAUUGCUUGAUUUAAAGUAGACUAUUUGUAAUAGGCAGAUAAUAUGCAAUACCAUUUGUGUUUGUCUGUUUCAUUCUGAAAGAGUUCAGGGGAAGUGAAUACUUAAGGCAUAGGAGGACACAUAAUUUUCAUUGGUAUUUCAAGCGUUCCAAAUUUAACUUCAGUUUCUUUGCUUGCCUUCUUUAAGAAAUGAUGGUAGAAUCUUUGUAAUCUGCAACACUCCAUGAAGAUACAACCAUACGUAUCUGAUAACAGCUGUCGUAAAAAAAAUCCAGAACUACACUAUUGAUUAGGAGAUGUGCUAUUUAAAUAAUUGUUCUCCCCAAAAGCAGAAGCAGCUUUUCAGUGCCUUAUUUAAGCAAUAGUGACACUGAGGGAGGAGUUUCUGACAUCAACUGGUAUUUGGCAUUUGUGCAUGAGAUAAGGGAGCCCAUUCAAACUCAGUUUCUUCUUACUAAGGUGACACCUUGGUAUUCUACUUGUUGGAAUAAGCCAGAAUCUUUAAAUUAGAAGUACAGUGAAAUUUAGUCUUUUAAGAAGUAAAACAAUUUCUCUUCAGGAUUACUUAAUUUAUUUCACUUCCACAGAAAAGAGAAACUCAACCUUCUUUCAAAAGAUCAUUUUAUUACAUAAUGAGAAGCAAUGCUUGGUAUUAUCAAAAAGAAAACAUGUUUUGGAAGUAAAUAGGAAGGUUUUUUUUGUUUUUGCUUUGAAAAUUGGCAUCCUAAUAGGAAAGACUUAAAUAACUAAUUUGUACAAGGAUAUUUGUAGCUGUUCUACACAAAUUUAAUAUUUCAGGGACUCUUCCAGAUUUUGAUAACCAUAGCAUAAAUAAUAGGAAAUAAAGAGCAAUUAUGCAAAACUUUAAAAAGCUUAAAACUCCUUUAAAUAAAGCUAAUUAGACAAUGGACCUCAAGUAGCAAACAGUUCAUCAAAGGAAAUGUGAAUUAAUGUGAAAAAAGCUGUUACAGUAUAUUCUUUAUCCUUCAUCUCAAGACUACUGGCUACUGUUACCAAAAAUGUUACAUAUUUUGGGAAUACUGACUUGUUAUCUCUGCAAUUAUCAGGGAUAAAUUUAUACUGAGAAAAUAAAUUUCAGUAAUGAACUAUGUUAUUUUUUUAAAAGACUAUUGGGAUAUCUUUGUAAUUGAGGAUUUUGGACAAUCUGUUGACUUUGAUUCAAGAGGCUGUUGCCUCUUAAUACUUUUUCAGUAUUACUGUAAGGUUUAUGCUUUCUUACUUUUAGAUUCAAGUACUUUUUCAUUCAUUCUAAAGUUCUUGCCAGUCAAAAUUAUAUUAACAUUCAGAACAGCCAAUUUUUUUCUUGUCUUGUCUACAAGCUAUUCUCUCUUACUUCCUAAAAACUUAAAAUUGCAUAAUAAACGUUCUGGUUUAGUUUUA